AUGUCAUAUUCAUCAAAAAAUUCUGGCGGAGUUAAACCACAUAAAGGUACAAAUCUUAUACAAAUUUAUGGUGGGAAAAAUAAUACGACAUCCAAAAUAACAGGAAAUACAAAACUUGGAAGCUUACAAAGUACUUCUAAAGUUAAUGGUUCUAUAAGACGGCUUCCAAAUAUUGCUACAUUACCAUCAUUAAAAUCAGAAUCAUCAGGAUCAGAAUUGACUCCAAUAUCAAGUUCUGGAAAUAACGGAUGGAAUAAGCAACAAACGUUAAAAAAAAAUUCUACUACAAACAAAGUUUCUGAUUUAAGACCACGAUGGGCAAAAGUUUCUUCAACACCAUCAAAUGAUUAUGGAGCUCAGGUAAAUGGUCAUCAAGAGAAUACUGAUAUUAAUAGUAGUUCUUUAUCAAAUGCUCCCCUAAAAGAAUUUCCAUCAUUAGCUGAUAGUGUUGGAAAAAUAAAAAAUGGUAAUGAUGAUGGAAAUUCAUUAUUUCCAGAAGCGCCACCACCAUCAACAGCAAUUGGAGGAUAUAUACGAGCGAAACCAGUAUCUUAUAAAAAUGAAAGAAAACUACCUGAUAGAUACUGUGCAACCACAAAACCUUCUUAUGGCAAAAGUGAAAAAUUUGAUCUUAACAAAAAAUUGGCAGAAGUUCGAGUUGAAGAAGAACGUCGCAAGAAGGAAGAAACAAAAAAUUGCCAUUUCAGUGAUGAUCAAAAAGGUGAUGAAAAAGAAAAUUCUGAAAUAACUUCUGAAGAUUCAAAUAAUUUUAAAGGUGAAUCUCAGAAUUUUGAUAACCCUAAAGAGACCUCUUUUUCUGAGAAAUUUUCUAAUUCCAAUGAUAAAUUACAAAACGGAUAUGAGUCAUACGGUUAUUCAUCUAAAAACCACUUUGUUAAAACAAAUGACAUGGUACAAAAUUAUCAAUAUCAAGAUGACAAACAUGACAAUUCAAAUGAAUCUCCCUAUGAAUAUGGUAUUGAAAAAAAUAAUACCUGCCAUCCUACAACAAAUACAAAUACCAGUGGAUCAUUUCUUACUAAAAAUCAUGGAACUGUCCGUAUAGCCAAAAGAGGUGAAGAUUUUGGUCAAUGUCAUAAAAAUCUAGAGGAUGAUAAAAGUGAGUUACGACCUAUUACAUCAAUAAUUAAAAAUCAUGAUAAUGAAUGUACAAAAAAUAAUACCAAGAUAACUUCAUGUAAUGAAAAACAUUCAACAAAAUUAUUACAAAAUAUUGUUGACAUUGAUAAAAAAGCUGAUCGUAAGGAUCCUAUAGUUAAACCAGCUACAGCUCCUCCGAUUAAUAUUUGGGCAAAACGGGCUGAGGAAAGGGAACAAGCUGAGAAGGAAAGACUUAAACAGCUUGAAUUGUUAAAUGCUGCAGAACAUCAAGAUAAAAGACAAAAAACAGAUUAUAAUAAUAAAAUUAGUAUGACAAAAAUACAAAAUGAUAGUUUACAUAAUUCUUCAAAAUCAACAUGGAAAAAUAAAGAAUUAAACAAAAAGUUUGGAAGUAAUAAUGUUACAAAUGAAAAUAUUACUAAUUAUCGUUCUAGUAAACGUUACAGUAGAGAUGAAGGAUAUAAUAACUUAGGUAAACGUUUAGAAAAUAAGAAAAGUUCUGAAGAAAAAGAAUUUGAUUCUUUUAAACGUUAUGGAAAUGUGAAUAGUAUUUGUGAUAAAUCUACAAAAAAUUUUAUUAAAGGAGGAAAUCGUAGUAGUUACAAUAAUAAAGGAAGAAAUAUUAAACAACAUAAUAGUAGUAGUAAUAGUAGUAAAAAACAUUUUGAAGGUAUUGAAAAUGUUGAGGUUGACAGUGAUUCUUCUGAAGUUAUUAAUUAUGGAAGAUUAAAUAAAGAUGGUGUUAAAGCAACAUAUUAUAAACGUGAAGAUAACUUUUCAGAGAAACAAAAGAAAGUUACACAAAGUGAAAAAGUAUGGAAUAAUAAUAAAGAAUCUUCUAACAAUUAUAAGAAUAACCAAAGUAAUAAUGAAGUUAGUCAUCAAAAGAUUAUUGAUGAUGACAAAUGUACGGAUAAUAAUAAAAUAGAAAAUCAAAUUAAUUUAGACAAUGAUAAUAAAAUUGAGGAUGAUAAAUAUAAUUCUUCAAUGGCAAAUGAUGCUAAGGGUGAUAAUUCAGGAAAAAAAGAAAUAUCAGAACAGGAUAUAGAAAAUUUAAAAAAAGCUGUAGGUACAAUAAAUGAUGGUAAUUCUUCACCAAUACCAACAACAUGGUCAAAUGGAGAUAAUUUUGAUGAAUGUUUAACAAUGAAACAAUCAACAAUUCGUAAUUCUUUAGAUGAUACAAUAGGUAAUCAACUUGAUUGUUCAAAUAAUGAUAGUAGAAUUAAUUAUGAUUCUACAAAUGGUCCAUUUAGUGUUGAUUCUAUGAAUGAUAUUUUUGGAUUUCCAGGAAAUACAACCUCUGGAUUUGAAGCUUCAUUUUCAAGUGUAAAUAAAAAUACUUCAUCAAAAGGUAGUAAUAGACAACAAAUUCAAGAUAGUGGACGUGUACAAGUGCAACCAACAAAUCUUCAGCAAACUAAUAUGACACCACCUGUAAUUCAACAACAAGAUUCUAUUGGUAUUCAUCCAUCACAAGGUGGUAUGGAUGUUUUUGGAUAUAAUCAAAUGAAUAUGUUAAUGCCAAAUGAUUUAUUUGGUAGACCUUUUCAGACACAAUAUACAAAUUAUGGUACAAAUGCCUAUUCACAGGGUAGUAAUGUAUAUUAUGAUCCAAGACAAAAUAAUCAAUGGAAUUCUACAACUAACGGUAAUAGCACUUACAAUACCACUAAUACGGAUACAUUGAAUAAUCGUAGUACAACAACAAAUAAUAGUCGAAAUAAUGUUGGUAAUCAACAAUCAUCUACAAAUUAUUCGCAACAAGUGGGAAACCGUCAACAAAGAAAUAAUAAUAACCAACAACAACAAUUUCACUUUAUGCCAACUUUCUCUCAAUAUCCAGGACAUGAUUAUUUUAGAAAUCAACCAGCACCACCAAAUGUUACAAUGAAUUAUGCUAUACAACCUACUGAUAUAAAUUCAUCAACUCAUCCUUAUAAUACAAUAAUGCCACCAAUGCUGGGAUCUCAAAAUUAUCAACCUAAUCAAUAUCAAUUUCCACCACCUAUACAUGCUUCACAACAAGUACAAGGUGGUUCAGGAUAUAAUAAUAGUAAUCAACGUUCAUCUCAUGGUAGACAAAAUAAUAGUCUUGAUGAUUUUAGUAAUUGGAAUAUGUUUCUUUCAUCACCAAAUAUGGUUCCAUCAUCACAAAUUCUUCCAAAUAACAGAGGAAAUGGACAGAAUUUACAUUACACAUCAUCUCAACAAAACUCGGUUGGUUCAAGACAAAAUUUUUUAAAUAAUAAUCAAAAUUCUGGAAAUCAAAGAAAUCAUUCAAUAAAUAAUCGUGGAAAUACAGACAAUAAUUCAAGCAACCGGUGGAAUUCUACUAAUAAUUCUUCAAAUAAUGGAAAUAAACACACACAUUAA